UGUGAACGCGGAGGAACAGGAGAGUGUGAAUUUUCGCUUCGCUGUGCGCCUCCCCCCCGUGUGUGUGCGCGCGAGAGCACCAUAAAACAGAAAAGAAACAGUUCACCCUGAGCAGUGGCAGAGUGCAGUAGCCUUGAAAUGGCGAAUGUGAUCAGAUUACUCGGUUUUCUGUGCUUAGUGGCCGCAGUCGCUACCGCGGAUUUCCGUACCAAACGGCAGGACGAUGAUGCCGACCUGGAUGACAGCAUCGACGAGCUGUGCAAGGAUCGACCGGCGGACGAAUACUUUCGGCUCAGCACGGACGGUGACUGCCGCGAAGUCGUGAGGUGCGAUAAUGCUGGUGAAAAUGGCAUCACAAGACUGGCACGCGUACGUUGCCCAACUGGGUUGUACUUUGACGUUUACCGUCAAACCUGUGAUUGGAAAACGAACGUUAAAAAUUGCGAUGAGCUAGGAAAACCAAGAAAGGUUCUCCCGAUCCUGAAGACCGAUGAGCCCAUCUGUCCGGAAGGCAAACUGUCCUGUGGAAACGGCGAAUGCGUCGACAAGGAACUUUUCUGCAACGGAAAGCCUGACUGCAAGGAUGAAUCCGAUGAAAAUGCUUGCACCGUCGAACUGGACCCGAACCGUGCUCCGGACUGCGACACCACCCAGUGCGUACUGCCGGAUUGCUUCUGCUCCGCUGACGGUACCCGCAUCCCCGGAAACAUCGAACCCCAGCAGGUCCCACAGAUGAUCACGAUCACCUUCAACGGUGCCACCAACGUGGACAACAUCGAUCUGUACGAGGACAUCUUCAACGGACAGCGUCAAAACCCGAACGGUUGUCAAAUCCGCGGUACGUUCUUCGUUUCGCACAAGUACACCAACUACUCGGCGGUUCAGGAUCUGCACCGCAAGGGACAUGAGAUCUCCGUUUUCUCGCUGACCCACAAAGAUGACCCGAACUACUGGACACAAGGUACCUACGACGACUGGCUAGCCGAAAUGGCUGGAGCUCGUCUGAUCAUCGAGAGAUUCGCCAACAUCACGGACGGUUCGAUCAUCGGUGUCCGUGCCCCGUAUCUACGCGUCGGUGGUAACAAGCAAUUCGAAAUGAUGGCCGAUCAGUUCUUCGUGUACGAUGCUUCGAUUACCGCUUCCCUUGGACGUGUACCCAUCUGGCCGUACACCCUGUACUUCCGCAUGCCGCACAAAUGUAACGGAAAUGCCCACAACUGUCCAUCCCGUAGCCACCCAGUCUGGGAAAUGGUCAUGAACGAACUUGAUCGACGUGAUGAUCCAACCUUCGACGAAUCCCUCCCCGGUUGUCAUAUGAUCGACUCCUGUUCCAACGUACAAUCCGGUGAACAGUUCGGACGUCUUCUGCGCCAUAACUUCAACCGCCACUACAAUAGCAACCGUGCCCCGCUUGGUCUGCACUUCCAUGCCUCCUGGUUGAAAUCCAAGAAAGAAUACCGCGAAGAACUAAUCAAAUUCAUCGAAGAAAUGCUGGGACGCAACGAUGUCUUCUUCGUCACCAUGCUCCAGGUCAUCCAGUGGAUGCAGAACCCCACGGAGCUAAACGCUCUGCGUGAUUUCCAGGAAUGGAAAGAGAAAUGUGAUGUCAAGGGACAACCCUACUGCUCCCUCCCGAAUGCCUGUCCGCUAACAACCCGCGAGCUGCCAGGGGAAACGCUGCGUCUUUUCACCUGCAUGGAGUGCCCGAACAACUAUCCCUGGAUUCUGGAUCCGACUGGAGAUGGCUUCACCACCAAGAAGUAAGAAAGCUCGCGCCCGGGAGACACUCCAAAUCCACCGAAAGUCUGAUUUAGUUGAGUGAGGAUAAAUAGUGAAACCAAGAGAGCAUAUUUGAAAGCAUCCAAGGGUACGGAGACGACAAAAAAACGAGCGUCUCGCAAAUCAACUUCCUUCACCCCCAACAGGGCAAAGAAAACUGUUGUAAAUAUUUUUACACCCCUUUCCAACGUACCCAAACGCCUAUCCAGUCCAAACUUAGACCGAUCCAUUCCAUAUACACUCUAAAUUGCGCCAUUUUACGUGCGGAAUGGAAUGCGCAUAGACAAACUAAGAGAAAAAAAUAAAACAUUGACAGAACGUGAUAAUUCUAAUGACAACCAACAAAUUGCAAAACUCUACCAUCGAAUGCAACGCGAUACAAGCGAAUUAGACAGCACACUGCGGUCUCGAAAUUUCCGAUUUUGCUAGGGAACAAACAGACCAGACAAAUGUUUAUGAUUAUAUUAUUCUAUACUCGUAAAUUUGUUAACUUAUCGCUGAAGGCAGCAUCUCAGCCGUACGCU